AUGGGGUUCCUUGUUACAAUUUUCUUCGCCACAUUGAUGUUCUCACCAAUUAUGGCACGUCCUGUUCCUAUAUUCAAUGAAAUCUUUGGUGCAAUUAAGGAUGCUACAAAUGCUGUUUUGAAAACUGGUGAGGCUAUUGGCCUUGGUGUAGCUUCUGUUGCAGUAGAUGUUGCUAAUGGUGUAGCUACUGGUGCCGUUGCUGCUGCUAAUGGAGUAGCUUCUGUUGCUGUGGAUGUUGCUAAUGGUGUAGCUGAUGGUGCAGUUGCUGCUGCUAAUGGUGUAGCUGAUGGUGCAGUUGCAGCUGCUAAUGGAGUAGCUUCUGUUGCUGUGGAUGUUGCUAAUGGUGUAGCUUCUGUUGCUGUGGAUGUUGCUAAUGGUGUAGCUGAUGGUGCAGUUGCUGCUGCUAAUGGUGUAGCUGAUGGUGCAGUUGCAGCUGCUAAUGGAGUAGCUUCUGUUGCUGUGGAUGUUGCUAAUGGUGUAGCUGAUGGUGCAGUUGCAGCUGCUAAUGGAGUAGCUUCUGUUGCUGUGGAUGUUGCUAAUGGUGUAGCUUCUGUUGCUGUGGAUGUUGCUAAUGGUGUAGCUGAUGGUGCAGUUGCUGCUGCUAAUGGUGUAGCUGAUGGUGCAGUUGCAGCUGCUAAUGGAGUAGCUUCUGUUGCUGUGGAUGUUGCUAAUGGUGUAGCUACUGGUGCCGUUGCUGCUGCGAAUGGAGUAGCUUCUGUUGCUGUGGAUGUUGCUAAUGGUGUAGCUACUGGUGCCGUUGCUGCUGCGAAUGGAGUAGCUACUGGUGCCGUUGUUGCUGCAAAUGGAGUAGCUACUGGUGCCGUUGCUGCUGCUAAUGGUGUAGCUAUUGCUGCAGAAGAAACUGCAGGAUUUGUAGCGAAAAAUGCUGUAAAUGUUGCUAAAUUCGUCGAUAAACAUUCAGAGGAUAUACUUAAAGAUAUUAUUGGAGGUGUUGUAAUAUACGGACUUUCAUCGGUAGGCUGA